GGAAUUUGACAAAAGAAAAAAGAGAGAGAUGGAGAAGAAUGAGAAGAGCAUUGUAUGUGUAACUGGUGGAACAGGUUAUGUAACAUCUUGGUUGAUAAUGAGGCUCCUACAAUCUGGUUAUUCUGUUAAUACCACCUUUAACAAUAACUUGGAUCCAGGAGCAAGUUUCUUGGAGAAAUUACCAAAUGCAUCCAAUAAACUCAAAAUUUUCAGGACAAAUCCUGAAAAGCCCGAAAGCUUUCAACCAGCAAUUGAAGGGUGCAAUGGAGUCAUAAUUGGUCAUUCUGUUGAUUUCGAGGAUAAAAACGAUGAGGAGACGAAGAUUCAAAGAGCUAUUACUGGGAUUAUAGGCAUUUUAAAGGCAUGUUCGGAUUCGAAAACAAUUAAAUGAGUUAUAUACACUUCUAGUGAUGCUACAGUUGGUUACGUUACUGAGGAUCAAGAUGUAGUAGAAGAAAGUUCGUGGAGUGAUACAGAUUUUAUCAAAAAGUUGAAUCCUUUAGGAGCUGUUUACUCCAUAAGUAAAACAUUAAUAGAAAAAGAAGUUCUAAAUUUUGGAGAGAAAAAUGGAGUUGAUGUUGUGUGUUUGAAUCAUGCUUGGGUUCUUGGCCCUUUUAUUACUCCUCAAUGUCCUGAAGUUGUUCGCUACUCCAUGGCUAUGAUUCUAGGGAAUUGGACUACCAUAGAGUAUGAUUCUGGAGUUAUCGCAUUGGUGCACAUAGAUGAUGUGGCUAGAGCUCACAUUUUUCUUUUGGAAUGUCCAAAUGUUAAAGGGAGGUACAUUUGUUCAAGUGCAGAUAUAAGUCCAGAUGAAUUAUCUCAAUUUCUAAGAGCUAGAUAUCCUCAAUUCCAAAUCCCAACUAUUGAUUGUUUGAAGGUGACAAAAGAAUUCAAGUUCCCUCGGCCUAGUUCGAAGAAACUCAUGGACAGUGGAUUCAAAUUCAAAUACAAUCUUGAUGAUAUGUAUGAUGGAGCCAUUGGUAGUUGCAAGCAAGUUGGUUCUCUCUAAAAACAUUACUUGGGGAUGAUGAUGUGACAUCAAUGAGAUAUAGCAAAAAUAAAUAAUGUACCUUUAAUCAUAUUUUCUUA